GGCAAAAAGUACUCGUUCCUGGCCGAAUGGAAUGAUGCGAGCACCUACUCCGUCAGAAGCUUCAUCCUCAACUUUUUCACCAGAGACUCGACAGUGGAAAUGCACCGUACUUGUGCUGAGACCAGCUAACUUGAGGAGGCUGGGAGACGUCUGGGCGGCCGUCGAAGCUGCGGGCGCCACGGUCUGCAAGUCGGUCAUGCUCCAGCUGACUCCGCACGACGUCAAGCUACUGAGUGCGAACCCCCAGGAAGCAUUCGACGAGGGUCUUCUAAGCGGCCCUGUUGUCUGCAUCCAGGUUUUAGGAGAGAGAGUUCUCACGAGGCUUAGGAACCAACCAGUGAAGACAGCAAGCGAAGGCCUGAGCCAGCAAGUUCCAUCUCGAUUGCGCCAAGGCAGAGGAGUUUCUCUUGGUGUACAAAGGUGUCGCUACAAAUUACACCACCAUGGUGCAACAACUGUGCAGUGGUCCGUGCCUCGCCAUGGAAGUCAGAAGCUCGUCGAAUCCCGAAAACUCGGCUCUCCACUUCAAGGAACUCGUUGGGCCGGCAGAUCCUGUUCUCGCGAGGAGGCUGUACCCCGAUUCCCUGCGAGCCCAAGUGGGAAGAGACGCGCACAGGAACGGCGUGCAUUGCACGGACGUGCCCGAGGAUGCGAGGAUCGAGGUGGAGUUCUUCUUCCAUGCUGGGAAAACCUGAGACUCCAUGGAAAACAAUAAAAUGCCCAUGACGCUCUCCGAACACAAGCCUCAUGAAUAUUUUUUC